UGUACGAGUGUGCCUGAAACCGAUAAGCAAUCAAAUCGGUUGUAUGAUAUUUAAUUGUCGAGUGUCGACAAAUUCUUUGAAAACAGAAUGUAAUUAAUAUUUAAUAAUUAUUAUUAAUUUCGAUCUGUCGGCUCUCGCCAACAGUUUUUUUCUUACCUUUUUGUGUCAACGUACUUGUCUAAAAUGUCUCAUCAGCAACAACAACAAUUCCAGAGCAUACCACUGGAUAGCGUCGAAUCGCAAUGGGAAAUAUUAUUUAAUCGCUUUGACAGAAAUCGUGAUGGUAAAAUUUCUAUUAAUGAGUUACAUCAUGCCUUAAAACGAGGAGCUGGUGAACAAUACAAUAUACCUCCUAAAAUUUUGGCUAUAAUUGCACAAAAAGCUGAUCACAACCAAGAUGGAUACAUUAACUUUAGAGAAUUUUUACAUUUGAUGGAAGAAGAACCAAUAGCUAAAAGUUUGACUACAAAUUUGUUAAAUAAAUAUAUCCAUUAUACAAUUGUACCAAGAGAACCUCCUAGAUUGCGCACUGGAGGAUUAGAUCACACUGAUGGCGAUUAUGAAGAUGAAUACUCGUGUAAUCCACCAGCAUUAUGUAUGGUUAUUGUUAGUCUGAUUGAGGUCAUAUUUUUUACUUGGGAUGUUAUGAAAUUGAAAACAACAGAGUCAAUCCAAGGACCUAUGGCUUCAACAUUUAUUUACAAUCCUCAUCGAAGACGUGAAGCUUGGAGGUUUCUGUCCUAUAUGUUUGUACAUGUUGGAAAGACUCAUUUGAUAGUUAACUUAAUUGUACAGUUAUUACUUGGAAUACCAUUGGAGAUGGUUCAUCGUGGUUGGAGAGUUGUGUUAAUUUAUUUAUCAGGAGUUUUAGCUGGUUCACUAGCAACAUCAGUAACUGAUCCUAAAGUUUAUUUAGCUGGUGCUUCUGGAGGUGUUUAUGCUUUGAUCACAGCACACGUAGCUACUAUAAUUAUAAAUUGGUCUGAAAUGGAUUUUGCUAUUUACCAACUCUUGACAUUUGCUUUCCUGAUUUUCUUUGAUUUUGGGUCAUCUAUUUACAAUCGCUAUUUUGUUGAAGUGGACAAUCAGAUUGGUUAUACUGCACACUUGGCUGGUGCAAUUGCUGGUCUACUUGUUGGAGUGUACACUUUGAGAAACCUUAAUGUUCGUCCAUGGGAAAAAAUAUUAUGUUGGUCAUGUUUUGUCAUAUAUGUGUUGUUGAUAGGUUCAGGCGUUAUGUGGAAUUUAGUAUUUCCUGAAUAUUUUUCAAAAGAACAAUAUUAAAAGUUAAAAUUAUAUUAGUAUCAAAUUGUGAACUAAUUUUAUGUAUUGCACAAAUAUUUUUAAAAAACAAUUUGUGAUUUUUAUAAAAAUAAACUAUUCAUUUAUUAUUGUAUUAAAUAUCAAUAUUUUAUAUAAUAGAUCCAAUUUCACAAAAGUUAUGAGCUUUAUUACUUUAUAGUUUAUAUUGUAUGAUUAUUAUAAUAGUGAAUUAUAUAUUAUCAAGUUGAUGUGUGUUAUAUAGAUUUGUAUUAUAUUUUUUU